AUGGCCCUGGCCAACCAAGAGAAAAGGCUUAUAUCAGAUAAGAAGUAUAGCGAAAGAAGAUUAGAUGUUUUAUCUGCACUUGUAUUGGCUGAAAAAUCUCUUAAUGGACCAGGGACUAAAGAAAGAAGAUUAAUUACUUACUUAGCUAUGUCUCUUGGGGUACAAAUGAAAUCAUUUAAAGAAGAUGAAAUCGCCAGCUUUGCAAGUGUAAUGAAAGAACUAGAUUUUAUAUGUGAUCUGAAACAAAAAAUCCGGGAAGCUUGUGAUUGUAGUUUUAUGUAUUGGCAUCAUGUUGUAUUUCCUACAUACAUCACUGACAUUUACGAAAAUGGAGCAGAUACUCAUCAUAUACAAUACAUGAUAUCUGCUUUGCAUGAUUGUGUUAGUCCAAUACUUGCUUCACGGCAUGAAUCAUCGCCUCGUAUACUCUUGGAUGCUUUUGAAAAGGAAACAUAUUCUACUCUGAAAAAGCACUUAUUGGAUCCUCUGUGUAGUGAUGUUGAAACAGAACUCCGACUCCACUGUCACUAUCACCUACAGCUUGAUGACCGUAAUCCUUUUAAAGUUGGUUUGAAAAAUUAUUCUCACAUUCUCAAACUUUCCUCCAUCAGACUUUUUGAUCGUUUCAUCAAUAUCAAAUCUUUUGUAGAACAUUACUUGGAGAAAAUUUUUUACAACUUAACUACAGUCGCUUUACAUGAUUGGAAGACGUAUGGAGAAAUGAGAAAUUUAGCAAAACACAAAUAUGGACUAACUACAGUUGAAGCUCAUUUACCUAGUCAAACUCUUGAACAGGGCUUAGAUGUGCUGGAAAUAAUGCGAAAUAUUCAUCUUUUUGUGUCAAAUUAUCUCUACAAUUUGAAUAAUCAGAUAUUUGUGGAACGCUUAAGUAAUAACAAGCAUCUGAACACCAUAAACAUUCGCCAUAUUGCUAAUUCUAUUCGGACUCAUGGAAUUGGUGUAAUGAAUACUACUGUGAAUUUUGUGUACCAAUUCUUACGAAAGAAAUUCCAAAUAUUUUCUCAGUUUUUGUAUGAUGAGCAUAUCAAAUCUAGAUUAAUAAAGGAUCUUAGAUUUUUCAAAGAGAAUAAAGCACAGUGUGGACAAAAGUAUCCAUUUGACAGAGCUGAAAAGUUUCAUAGGGGUAUUCGCAAGUUGGGCCUAACUAAUGAUGGUCAAAGCUAUUUAGAUCAAUUUCGUCUUUUAAUCAGCCAAAUUGGAAAUGCAAUGGGGUUUGUCAGAAUGAUCCGUUCUGGUGGGAUACAUUGCUGCAGUAAUGCUAUUCGUUUCAUUCCUGAUCUGGAUGAUAUUAUUUGUUUUGAAGACUUGUGCAAAGAUGAAAAUUUAUCGGCUGAAGCUGUUUCUGGAGCCAAAAAGUUAGAUUCUGUUAUUAAUAAUUUGAGUAAAAAUUUCUCAGAAGGAACUGAAUAUUUUAAAUUAUUGGUUGAUGCUUUUGCUCCAGCUUUUCAAGACCCGAAAAAUGGCCAUAUGAAAAAUUUCUUUGUCAUUAUUCCUCCAUUGACCAUAAAUUUUGUUGAGCAGUCUAUUUCCAGCAAAGAAAAACUAUCCAGAAAGAAUAAAGUUGGUGCUGCUUUCACAGAUGAUGGCUUUGCUAUGGGUGUUGCAUAUAUUUUAAAGCUUCUGAAUCUCUAUCAUGAUUUUGAUUCUCUUCACUGGUUUCAGUCUGUGAGAGAAAAGUACUUCAGGGAUAGAGGAGAUGUUCACAAACAGAAAACUUCUGCUCAAGGUAAAGAAGACAAGAAGUUGUUGGAAACUAUGAAUCUGACAAGUAGAAGAUUAGAAGUUUAUCAGCAAGAGUUUGAUCUUUUGAACUAUUCUUUAAGCAGUGCUCGUAUCUUUUUCCGAGCUGAUUUGACUGCAGAAGAAGAGAAAGACCAGAAGAAAGACUCUUGAUGAUGUUGAAGUUGCUUGCAAUAUAGGGACACUAACCCAAGAGCAUUGUUGAUUCAUUGAAAAUACUUCCACUAAUUCGCAACUUUGAUUUAUAAAUUAGAAGUAUUUCAUGACAUGUUUGGGAUGAAAAACUGCGAGGAAACUGAAUCAUGACAGAUGUACAUAGAUUUAUGUAUAAUUUGUUAUGAGUGAAUCGUAAGUCCCAAGUAUUUGUACUGGAUAAUGAACACUGAUAUGGUGUUUUUGCGCCAUUUACCUGUGACAAAUAUUCAUGAAAUUAUAUGUGUUUUGUUAUGAAGAAAUAUGAAAAAACAAAUGUACUAAAUAAAUUUAUAUUUU